CCACGAAGCACACAGCGUCCUUUGUUGAUGUUAGUGAGCUGCAGGGUGAAGCCUCACUCUCAGGCCGCGGCCCCUUUAAGAGCAGCUGGGUGGAGGCGCACAGGAAGUGAAGUGUCAACGCCAGUCUCAGCCAAAACACACUCACAGAGAGAGAGAGAGAGAGAGAGAGAGAGAGAGAGAUCCGGAGGCGCGGUACUUUGAUGGUCCUCGGUCUCAGUACGCUAUUAAAGUGGCCCCGCUUUACAGACGUCUGGAGCAGAGAGGACUGGUGUUGGGAGACCUGGAGUGCUGGCGUCAUGCUGAAGAAUGUGGUGUCGUGGUGAAGAAUGUUCCGCAAGGUCAAAAAGCGCCACAGCAGCAGCAGCUCCCAAAGCAGUGAGAUCAGCACUAAGAGCAAGUCUGUAGACUCCAGUCUGGGAGGCUUGUCCAGGUCCAGCACAGUCGCUAGUCUUGAUACAGACUCCACCAAGAGCUCAGGUAACAGUGUGUCCGAGACAUGCGCUGAGUUCAAAGUUAAAUAUUUGGGAGCUGUUGAGAAGCUGGACUUCGAGAUGAGCAAAACCCUUCAGGAGCCGUUAGACCUGAUCAGCUAUAUCGAUGCAGCUCAGCAAGAUGGAAAGCUGCCAUUUGUGCCUGGAGAAGAGGAGAUGAUCCUGGGCGUGUCCAAGUAUGGGGUCAAAGUGGCGUCUUUGGACCAGUGUGACGUGCUACAUCGCCACCCUCUCUACCUGAUAGUGCGCAUGCUGUGCUAUGAUGAUGGUCUUGGAGCUGGGAGAAACCUCCUGGCACUCAGCACCACCGACGCCAAGCAGCAGGAGUGUAGCAUCUGGGUCUACCAGUGCAGCAAUGCGGAACAAGCUCAAGCCAUCUGUAAAGUGCUCUCAACUUUCUUCGACUGCGUUCUGGCCUCGGACAAAUCCUGAGGUCCGUCUCUCCACUGACGGUCAAAGUGGCAUAAAGCUAUGAUCUGUGGAAAAUGUUUACAGUGUCAGAAUCGUAGUGGUUAAGGUUACGUAUAUGGUUAAUCCGCUCCAUGAUCAGGGUACAAAAGCGGCCUUCUGCAAAAAGCAGUGUUUACAUCAUUCAUGUACAUUAUAUCCCUCUGCUCCUGAUAUUACAAUGUGCAUCAUCUAAACACCAUCCCAGGCCAGACUGUAGCCCUAAUGUACGUAUUUAAUAUACACUCAGCUCAGCGUAACGUUUCUGCUGUGGUCCAGUAACUGAGCAUCUCAUGGGAUUUGUGCUAUCAGUGGUACAGCAAUAACAGCAGGUACACAAGAACUUAUACAUCAACAUGCUGUAAAUUCCAGUUAUCUGUAGCUUUGUGAGUAGAGUUGGAGAGGUCUGAUGUUUCGUUCGAUACAGACCUGUCCUUCUUUCCACUCCUAAAUCCUGGUCCGGAUGUGAGCGGAUCAGUUCGUACGGUACAUAACAUUUAAAACAACGGUACAAUAAACUUUUUAAUCAAUUUGAA